GGGGAAUACUGUGGAAGUGGACGGCCGCGCAUAAAGCUUGCCUUUCGAGCUUACUAGCACUACUGAUACACGAGUGAGGACCGAGGACCGAGGAGUCGGAGCGCAUGGUCAUCCUCUCUUCACAUCUGCGGGCGGCAGCCGCCGCGCCUGAUCUCCGUGCUCCAGCCUCCUCCGCGUCCGGCGAGGCCGGAUCCGGGUUCCACGUCAUGUGCUCUCUGCUCUGCCCCCUUUCGCCGUCUCCUUCCGCCGCCUCCGCCAGCUCAACCGGGGAUGGCGAUGUGGAUGAGCGGCAAUAACCUUGGCACCCGCGACGUCUUGCCGCACGAGUGAGGUCGAGUAUCCUGAGCAUUACGGGCAACCACUACGUGUGGUUUUCAAUUUCAGUUGCAAAAGCUCAAGAGGACGAAUGGCAGAGGACAAGAGCAGUGGCACGGGGAACAAGGUUGACAACAUACAUGGUCAGCCACGUAAGCUACCGUACCAAUUUAUAAAAGAUAUUACGAAUGAUUUCGAUGAGGCUCAAAUAGUUGGCCGUGGUGCAUACGGAACAGUUUACAAGGGUACUCGUGAAAAUGGUGAGGAGAUUGCUGUGAAGGUACUUCAGAACAUGACUGGAUUUGAUAAUAAGGAGUUUGAAAAGGAGUUUGAGAACCUUAGGAGGCUCAAGCAUCAAAACGUUGUUGAACUAUUGGGUUUCUGCAACGAAUCAGAGAAAGUUGUUGCAGAAUAUAAUGGGAAGCAAGUUAUCGCUGAAAAGAUGCAUACAGCGCUCUGCUUCGAGUAUGUAUGUAAUGGUAACCUUGCCGAGUAUAUUUCUGAUGAUCCUUGCUUGGGACUUAAUUGGCAGAUACUAUACAAAAUAAUUAAAGGGACCUGUCAGGGUUUAGAAUAUCUUCGGCAUGGAUUGGAGGUUCCAAUAUGGCAUUUGGACUUAAAACCUGCUAACAUAUUGCUAGAUAAAGAUAUGAUUCCAAAGCUUGCAGAUUUUGGCUUGUCAAGACUCUUAGGUGAUGAAAACACAAGAAAGACCAUCAGUCCCGUCGGUACAUGGGGCUACUUGCCACCAGAGUAUGUGCAGCAAGGACUGAUGACAAAAGAGUUUGACAUAUUUGGUUUGGGUGUUAUAAUUGCAAAGUUAAUGGCUGGACGUGAAGGCUACUCCAAAAUUGAUGACAUGAAAGAGAAAAUGUUUAUUAAGCAUGUACAUGGCAACUGGAGAAAAAAGAUGCGCGCAACAUUGCCACCUAGACAACUCGAAGUAUAUUGUGAACAGGUCAAGACAUGCAUUCAGAUAGCACUGGAAUGCAUGAAGCGUGAGCGACAAGAAAGGCCCGCCAUACAGUCCAUUGUCUCUAGAUUGGAACAGACAGAAAUACUGAUGGGUAACCUAGAGCGGCAGACAGAACAGUUCUUCGAUGCGGAAACCAUUCGUCUCAGGGGAGGCCUCCAGGUUACACUUCCAGAAAUGGCCGCCGACUCCAGCAGUGGUAAAACUGAUGAUGGCAAGAUCGGCGCUGCGAGUGCUGAACGGAAUGAGUUGCCACUGCAACUAUUGAGGAAUAUUACGGGUCAGUUCUCUGAGGAGCGAAGACUUGGCACUGGUGCAUUCGGAACAGUUUAUAAGGGAAUUCUAGAAGAUGGCGAAGUGAUUGCCGUGACUAAACUUGCGGAAAAUUCGCCAGUGGCACGUGACAAAGCGUUUACUAACGAGGUUCAAAAUCAUAUGGCCCUCAAAAAUGAAAAUGUGCUCCCCUUACUUGGCUAUUGCUAUGAAGGACAAAAGGAAGUGGUGUUUAACAAUGGAAAAUAUAUUGCUGCAGACAUCUUUCAAAGUUUACUCUGCUAUGAAUAUUUACCUGAAGGAACCCUUCAGAGGAAUCUUUUUGAAGUACCCAAGAAAAUGGACUGGGAGACACGAUUCAAAAUAAUUAAAGGGGUUUGCAAGGGUUUACUCUUUCUACAUAGCAUUCCUAUUGUUCAUAUGGAUCUCAAGCCAGAAAACAUAUGGUUGGAUAAUUACAUGCGGCCGAAAAUUGCGGAAUUCGGUCUCUCGAGAAUCUUCGGUCAAGAACAAACAUGGAUGAAUUCACAAAAUAUCGUGGGAUCAUAUGGAUACAUAGCUCCAGAAUAUCUAUACAGAGGUGAAAUCUCCACCAUGUCAGACAUUUACAGUUUAGGCCUACUCAUCGUGGAGACCAGCACAGGAGAGAAAAAUUGUCCCGGGAAUGAACCAUCUGCAGUGAAAUUUAUUAAAAAUGUACGCGAUAAUUGGACAGAGGAGCGCAUAGCCUCAGAGUACCCGUCACUAGAUCCAGAUUGCCUCAAGCAAAUAAAAGCAUGCAUCAACAUUGGACUGGAGUGUGUAGAGAUUAGUCGGCGCAAGAGACCAUCCAUAGAAAAAAUUAUGGACACGCUCAACAGACUUUCGCAGGUAGACUCCAAUAACGUUCUCAGCCUGCAACCCCAACGGAUAAACUUCCCUAUUGGGCCAAAGAGGUUGACCUCCAGCUCGCUUUACCUAAUAAACAACAGAGAUGAUCGUAUUGCCUUCAGGCUUGAAACCAAAUUCCCAAGGAGGUACCUUACAAAGCUACCAUUGUGUGGCGUGGUCCCGCCAAAGUGCACCUACAUUCUCACUAUGAUAAUGCGCCAACAGAAGAAGUCGCCACCGUCGAACAGCGACGAUGGUUUGAUACUACAAAGCAGUAUUGCACACCAUGAGGACCUCGACAGUGUCGACCCAGCUUCCGUGGCCAUGUUCCUUGACACCGCCGGUGAUGAGGUGCAAGAGGCAAAAGUUGAGGUUGCUUGCGAACCACUAGUUGAAACUAUCUCUAACGACCAGAUCAUAGACGGUCCUAAUUACCGGGAGGUGUUGUCUGUAGAUGUCCAUCCAACAGAACCAUGGAUCUUGACGAGCAACAAGAGGGGUCAUGUUUGCAUUUGGAACUACCAAACUCAGGCAGAGGUGAACUCCAUUGAAGUCACUAGAGAAUCAGUAUAUUCUGCAAAAUUCAUUGAACGAGAGGGAUGGUUUGUGGUUGGUGGUGAUGACGGGUGCAUCUAUGUGUACAAUUAUAAUACCAUGAAAGAAGUUUACAUGAUCGAAGAAGCUCAUGAUGAUUGCAUCAUGUGUCUGGUGGUGAAUCCAACUCAUUCAUUUCUGCUGUCAGCGUCUGAUGACCACAAGAUUAAGCUUUGGGACUGGGCGAACGAAUGGCAGUGUACCCGAACUUUUGAGGGGCAUGAUGACACAGUCACACAAGUAAUGUUUAACCCGAGGCACAGCGAAAGCUUCGCGAGUGCUUCCUUGGAUCACACAGUCAAGAUCUGGAAUAUUCACUCUGAAACUUGCAACAUCACGUGGGAUGAGCAUCCGGAUGGUGUACUCUCUGUUCAUUACCACCCACGGUAUUUUCAGCAGUCUUUGAUUUGUGGAUCUUCAGAUGGUGACGCAAAGAUCUGGGACCUAGAGACGGACAGUUGCGUCGAUACGCUCGAAGGACAUGAAAAGGGUAUCAGUGCUCUUUGUUGGCACCCAGAACUUCGGGCACUAGUUACUGGAUCGCUUGAUGGGACCGUGCGAAUCUUGAGCUGGAUGUGUCAUAGCAAUACAUACAGGCUCGAGAACAUCAUUGGAUUAAAUCUCGGUGCUGUCAAUGCUCUUGGAUACCUAAAGGGGUUAACAAGGAUUGUGGUCGGAUGCGACCAAGGAAUGGCACUGAUGGAAAUUAACGUGAUUUAAAUCAAGACCCAGCCGUUGGCUAUGUAGGAGGAAGGAUUCUAGAGAAAAUUAAGUGGAAGCAAAACUCUUAUUGAAAUCAAACAUUAAGAAUUUCCAGAAAUAUAUUUGUUUGUUGUAUUAUGGAGUUCCUCUUGGACAGUACUGAUGGUGUGGAGACUCGGUAGCAUCCAUUAAUACGAUAUAAAACUGUUCGUUUAUUCA